AUGCUAAGUUAUGUGAAGAAUGGGGAAAAUGAAUAUGCGAGCAGAUAUCCAGUUAAGGUGCGGGAUUGCACGAACUUGCCGUUUUUAUUGCUUUGUAUGCUCCUUGUUUUAGUUUCGCUCAUUCUUGUUGGAUAUUGCAUUAUUUUCGGGAAUCUUGGAAGAUUUGAUAAGGUCCUUGAUGAUUGUAAGAAUUUUUGUGGUCAACUUAAUGAUGAUAAUCUUUACGACUGUGGGCCAAAAGAUCUCAGACAUUAUCCUUAUCUCCACAUAGAAUACGAACUCUAUGACAUUGAAACAUUGACAAUAAAGCCAAUCAGAAAAUGUGUCGAUAAUUGCCCCAAAAAUUUCUCAAUUGUCCUCAAUAAAUGUAGAGAAACAAACAAGACAGAUGAUGAUGAAGAAGCACAAGAUACAAAAUUAUUUGAUGUGCAAUUGAAAACAGAAUUUAGUAGAAAUGUAGGAAUAUUUUUGGAAAAUGUGACGACCUACAGAGAUGCAAUAGCAACUGUGUGCCUUUUUGCUGUCUUUUUUUCUUACGUCUUGCUGAUUUUCUUCAGAUUCAUCGCGAAAUAUUUAAUUUGGAUUAUUUGUGUUGCGGUUAUUUUGUUUGUUUUUAUUUUGGCGGGAAUUUCAGUGCUUAUGUGGAACUCACAAGCUGCUGUGAUUUUGAUGACAAUUGGGAUUAUUUUGGGUGGCAUUUUGGCUUGGUUAAGGACAAAAAUUGGAUUGGUUGCAAAGAUUUUUAAGGAGUCUUCAAAAAUUAUGGUUGACAUCCCGGCUGUCAUUUUUGGACCUCUUCUGACCUUCACAACCUUCAUUGCUGCCUUCAAAAUCUUUAUUACAUUCGCUGCAAUUAUUCACAAUUCAGCUGAUGUUCAUCGAACUUUGAAUGAUAACGGGACAAUAAGCAUUUAUUUCGAGGAGCUUCCGAUAGCUGUGGUCGCUCAGACAUUCAACAUCAUCACUUUCAUUUGGUUUACUCAGUUUAUCCUCAGCUGUCAACAUUUUGUGGUCGCUGCGAUAAUCUGUAAAUGGUUCUUUAUACGCGAUAAGGAGAAGUUGGAGAGGCCUAUUAAGUCAUCAUUUAAGGAUCUAAAAAGGGGACAUUUAGGAAGUGUCUGUUUAGGUUCUCUGUUAAUUGCGAUUAUGAAGGUUUUGAGAGUCGGAUUUCGACCGUUUAGGAAAUCCAACAAAAAGCCAUCAACAUCCUGCAAUAUUUUACGUCCGCUAGCAUUGCUGGAUGAGUUCCUACACUAUCCAUCCAGGACUGCUUUCAUAAUAACUGCCAAGAACGCGACUCCAUUUUUUCAAGCUGGGAAGCGAGCUUACCUGCUGCAACUCAGAAAUCUCAGAAAAUUGAUGAUUUUGAUUGACUUUGGUGAGCUAGUGUUCCUUGUUUGCAGAGUUUUGAUUGUUUUGGCAGCAGGGACUUUUGGAUAUGAGAUUUUGGUGCUGAGCUCCCCAGGUGCAUGCCAAACAAUCCCAUUAACCAUCGGUGCAACGUUUGCCUUCUUUAUCGCUCACAGCUUCAUGACAUUUUAUGAAAUGACAAUUGAGGCAAUUCUCGUCUGUUUCUGUAUCGAUUGUGAGGAAAAUGAUGGAGCUGCUAAUCCUUACUUCAUGGCAGACAGUCUGAAAAGAAUUAUGGUUGAAAUUAAUGAUGAAAUGGGUGGAAGUUUGGCAUUUGGUGAGAAGGUAGAUGGAGGAUUGGCAGAUGGAAGUAACAUUCCGAUGCUGUCAAAGUUCACAAGACCGAAUUAA